AUGGAAAAUGACGAUCCUUACGAAAGUGGCUACAGCAGUGAGGACAAUUUAAGUGUUGAAAAGCCGAAAUAUGUAAGUAGUUCCUACGGAUGUUGCUAUAAUUUUUCGAAUAAAAUAUUUAAGCUGAGUGUCAUAUCUUACUAUUUCUGGACAGCCUUUUGUUACAUAAUAGGAUCAAUUAUAUUUGUAACAGGAUAUAACAGCUCAUCUUUAAGAAUAGAGAAACAAAUAGCCUGUGCAGCCUCAUCAAAUGUAUAUCUUUUUUCCAUGUUGUGGUUUUUGAUUGGAAUCAUAUCUGUAAUUACCUGUAUUGGAUAUGCCGCAGCUAUAGAUGAAGAAAAUAAUAAUAUAUAUUCAGAUAGCUCUCCUUUAUUUAUUUAUAUUUUAGGAAUAUUAUGUAAAACCAUACCAACUAUUGUAAGAAUUAUUCACAUUUUCAAUUUAUUUCAAUUAUAUGUUAUAACUCUUGAUAUUAUGAUCUUGCCAGAAUGUAACUCAUUUCCUGUACGGUUCAUAUUAUUCAUUAUUCACAUUCUCUGGUGGGUUAUUGUUUUUUUUGGUAUUAUAUCCAGAAAGAAAUUCUUCUUGCCCCCCCAUAUAUAUAAACCAAUAACGAAUGACGAUGGGUAUAUCGUCUAUGUGAAUAAUUUGCUUCAUUCGUUUGGUCUCUGA